CACGAGCACCCCCUCACCUCCCCUCCCCCCCUUGUCUACUUCCACGGCUCCGGCUCUGUGGUGGUUUGUGCGUGACUGACCCCCGGUGAGGGACACCGUGAAGGCCGCAGGAAGUGUUGACGUCCGAGACAAGCAGCCGCCCGUCACUUCCACCCUGAGAACAUUGCGAGUCGUCCAGAAGGUUCUGCGCUCGCCCGGACCCAAAGGGCUCAACAUGACCUCCCAGAUCCCGGCGCUCACACAGCCGGACACCCCGAGGACCGACAGCGUCUUCUCCAUCCUGUCGGGCUUCUACUCGCUGGACUCGGGCGUUCCUGGGCUCUCUCAGGUGAUUCUCGACAAGCUCAACAUGAAGGACUACGGGGAGUACAGGGCUGCCGUGGAGGGAAAAGCCGAGGGGAUCUCUUUCCGCAACUACAAGGAGAUGUUCAAGAAGAUGGAGGAGACCUUUGAGUUCUGCACCAGCUGCAACAGACUCCCGGCGCGCCUCGCCGAGGGCCAGACGCUGAAGCGCUGCGUCAAGUGCUUGAACGUGUACUACUGCACCAAAGAGUGUCAGAGAAAGGACUGGCCUCUGCACAAAAAAGUCUGCAAGAUGCUGCGGCUGGUGGCCAUCGACAGACUGGUGGAGUGGCUGAUGUUCACCGGAGACCUCCCCCUCCCCACGGCGAAGUGGUCCAAGCCGGCGGCCGAGGUGAAGAACUGGGACGACUGGCUCGGCAUGCAGGAGGACCUGGCGCCCCGCCUGGACGCCGCCUCGUCUGGCGCCAACAUGGCGACUCUGUGGAAGAACGUCGGCAGGCCGAGGCCGGCCGACUCUGACCUGCAGGCGUCCCUGUGGCGGAUCCAGAGCGAGUUCCUCUCCCGGGUCCUCGCGGUCGGAACGGCCUUGCGACACUUUGGCCUCGACCCGCGCGCUAAACCGCUCACCGUCCACAUAGCGGGGGCCUCGCACAACGAGACCAUGGGCGCCAGGCCGACGGACUACGACGAGCUGAACAACAUGUUCCCCGGGCACCAGGGCAUCGAGGUAGUCCUGGUGGGGCCGGAGGUGGCGGACGGCCCCGUCACCAGGCCCCCUCUCAGGUCCUUCGGCCCCAGGCAGAGGGUCUACGUCAGCGCCCACAAGGGCCUCUACCACCACUUCUGGGAAGACGUGGUGGAGAAGGAGGAAGCGGCCAAGCCGGACCUGGUGGUCGGAUUUCAUCCCGGUUUCCACGCUAACCAGGGUCUGUUAGAAGGUUGGCUGCCCACCCUGCUGCUGCUGAGAGACUACGACAUCCCUUCCUUCUUCACUGUGUUCAGCGAGGCGGAGCUCGAGGCCUCCCUGCACAUCCUGCAGGAGCUGGAGAUGCACGUCAGGGACAGCGGGACGAACCCGUUCAGCGCCCAGAAACCCGAGCAGCGCCACUCCAGCCCCAACAAAGCCCCGGUCUACUGCAACUCUCACUACGUCCGCUUCCAGGGGUCGCUGCCUCGAGCGGACUGAGAGGAGCCUCCGCUGGGACGCCAUCGUGGACUGCAUGGGGUCGCUGUGGUGGGGGGGCGGAAAUAACUCUGGUGUGCAGAUCUCGGCGGCUCUGAGUGUGAGGAAAACACGUCUUCACUGCUGCAGUAGCUCGCUUAAAACACUGAAAUGUAUAAUGAGUGGAGACGACUAUGAAGCGUCGCGGCACCUCAGGGCUCCGCGGUGGGUUCAAAGCUUUGUGCUCCACUGCUUCCCUGACGCAGCACGAGAAGGGGCAUGUAGGUGGGAAAUGAGGAAGAAAUGAGUCUUUUUUAAAUUUUUAUUUCAGUUUCUCAGUCAUUUGGUCGCAUUCGGACAUAUUCCAGAAUAUCACAAUGGAUUUCGGAUCAUUUGCAUACUAAUGUAACACUUGAUCUAAAAUGACAACUGAAUAAAUGGUACUUCUUGUGAUCCUG